UCUAUCAUCCAGCAUUUAACGCGGCUAUUUAGUUUUGGCUUUUCAGCUUUGUCCCCACUUUCAUCUCCAUAAAACAUAUGCGUUUUCUUUACAAAGCCAAAGUGUGUGAUCUUCAGUGAAACUAAAUAUAGCAAAUAGAACCUUCAUUAUUUAAGUUGUUGAAGAUCAAAGAGCUAUCAAUCAGAUUCUGUACAAGGCCUUAAUAUUUUGGUGGAAGAAAUGAGAUUUUUUGUUUGGAAGAAGAAGCGGAAACUGAAGUUGGUUAUUGAUUAGAUGAUGAAGUUGUACAUAUCCGCGACGGGGAUUAAAAAACUAACUAUAUCGAACCGCGGAGGUGGCGUAGGAUUGCCAGUUGGCAUGAAAGGGAAGGGAUUGCUGCCGCGGACUCGCCGGAUAUCUCAUCGGACAUUGUUAUUGCCGGCCGUUUUGGUUCUCGCUUUACUUAUAUCCUUACUCUUCUUCAGAAUUACCUUUAUCAUGCUCGAAUCUGCCGCUUUUUGCUCUUCCUCUAUAGGUUGUUUGGGAUGGAGAAUUUUCGGCGGGAGUGACUCGACUCUGCUCAGAGAAGAGUUGAUGCGGGCAUUGCUAGAGGCAACAAGUGAUGGUGACAAUGGAAUAGUAGGAAUAGAGAGUUCAAUUUCUUUACCAUCCUCAUUUAAUGAUCUUGUGAAGGACAUGUCAUCAAAUGGACAAGACAUCAAGGCUUUCGCUUUCAAAACUAAAGCUAUGAUAAUGAAGAUGGGGCAGUUGGUAGAAUCAGCUAGACACCGUGAGUCUAUUUUCUGGCAUUUAGCUUCUCAAGGUGUACCAAAUGGCAUACAUUGCCUAUCCCUCAAGUUAGCGGAAGAAUAUGCUGAAAAUGCUGCUGCACGUUCUCGCUUGCCUCCCCCCCAAUAUGUUUCCCGCCUCACUGACCCUUCCUUCCAUCAUGUAGUUCUUUUAACAGACAAUGUACUUGCUGCGUCCGUUGUAGUUUCCUCGACCAUUAAAAGCUCAAGUAUCCCAGAAAGAUUGGUGUUUCAUAUAGUUACUGAUAAGAAGACAUAUACUGCGAUGCAUGCAUGGUUUGCCGUAAACUACAUUAAUUCGGCUGUCCUUGAAGUGAGAGGAUUGCAUCAGUAUGAUUGGUCACAUGAGGUGAAUAUCGGGAUUAAGGAGAUGAUAGAGAUUCAUCGGUUGAUAUAUAGUCACAAGAUUGACAGCAUAAAGAGGCAAAAUAUUGUGAACGAGUAUGAAAAUGAAAAAGAUUUGCAGUAUCUACGUCCUAGCUGUACAUCCCUUUUGAAUCAUCUGCGCAUCUAUAUCCCCGAGCUUUUCCCAGAUCUGAACAAGAUUGUAUUUUUGGACGAUGAUACUGUAGUACAACAUGAUUUAUCAUCUCUGUGGGAAUUGGAUCUCAAGGGAAAAGUUGUUGGUGCAGCUUUUGACUCGGGCUGUGGAGAUGACUGUUGCCCUGGAAGAAAGUACAAGGAUUACUUUAAUUUUACGAGUCCUGUUAUAUCAUCUAAGUUGGAUUAUGAUCGUUGUGGAUGGCUUUAUGGAAUGAAUGUAUUUGAUCUUCAAGCUUGGAGGAAGACUGACAUCACUGCUACUUACCAUUACUGGCUUAAACUUAAUCUUAACUCUGGUUUUGAAUUGUGGAAUCCUGGAGCCCUACCACCUUCCCUAAUUGCUUUUGAGGGUCAUGUGCACCAGAUUGAUCCUUCGUGGCACAUUGCUGGUUUAGGUUAUCGAUCCAUUAUGGAUGUCGCAGAAUCUGUACUGGAAGACGUAGCUGUUCUACAUUUCAGUGGACCAGGCAAGCCAUGGCUUGAGAUUGGGGCCCCUGAGAUACGAAGUUUGUGGAGCCGCCAUGUAAAUUUCUCAAAUGAAUUCAUUAGCAAUUGUGGAAUCGUGGGUUGAAUGGUUAAAGGGACAAAGUCUCACCCUAAACGUGAAAUGUAUCGGAAUUUAGCCUUGAUAUAUAUAUUCUAAGUUGGAGGGAAGAAGGUACAGCCUUCAGCCUCCGAUCACACCACACAGUAGUCCUUGUAUAGACAAACCUAGCGCGCCAUACACUACCUCAGGCUAGAUGUUUGACAACCUCCGUGAUGCAAUAGGUUUAUAGAUAUAGGCAUUUGUAAAGUCUUUUUCCACGUUACAUUAUUUAUAAUAAUAAUGUUAAUUCUACUCCUUGAAAA